UUGUGAUCGCGAAGAUUGGCGAGCUGGGAGGCGCGGCGCGCCCUUGGCGCCGGCGGAGAAGCGAUUAAUCGACCGAAUCGCCAGGUGCUGUCACAGAUUUUUCUAGGUUUCUAGCGCUUAGAACUGGCGGCAAUGCGGGAUUUGAGCCGCGGGAACAGAAAUCCUUGAGCUUCUUCUGCCGAUCGGGGCCAUGGAAGAGGAGGAGGACAAUGCCGAGCUCGUGGGAAGAUCGGUGAGGAAGUAUUUCCAGGGGCAUGGAUAUUUCGGUGGGACAGUGGUGGCCUAUGACAAAUCGAGCAAAUAUUUCAGGGUGAAGUACGCCGACGGGGACAGGGAGGAGGUGGAGCUCCAUGAGCUUCGGGAAAUUCUCGUAGAUUGUGGCAGUGACAGUGGUGCUCCUCCAAAGCGUUCCAGAGGACGUCCGAGGAAAAUCGCGGACGCUAAUGGAACAAAUGGGGAGCUUAUCCAAGCGAUGAAUUAUAAGGACCUUGUUGCCUGGGAGGUUGCCAAGGCUUUGAAGAGGCAUCGGCCGGAAAGCGAGCCAGGAAAAAGACCCAGAGGCAGGCCCAGGAAGAAGCCUCGUCAAGAAGAAAAAGUGCUCGAGAAAGAGGAAGAAACGAAGGAGGAAGGACAGGAAACUAAAGAAGAAGAAACCAAAAUUUUGGAGAAGGACGAAGAAGAGAAGAACAAGCCUCUCAAGCCUGUAGCUCACCGGAGAAAAUCAAGCUUAGCUGAUAGAGAGUAUCCGCUGAGACUCCAGCAAAGGAGAAAACAGGAAGAGCAAGUGAUGGACAGGAUUAAAGUUGACGACGGUGCUGAGAGAAAACAGAAAGAGCAAUUGAUGGACAGGGUUAAAGUUGACGGGGGUCCUGCUGCUAGAGAGGAAGUAGAGUGCCACAAGACGGAGGAAACGGACUUAAACGUUCCCGCGUUGCCGCCAAGUUCAGUGAACUUAAACAUCCCGACAGAGUCUGUUUUUCAUCUCUUUUCGGCUUUCACCUUUCUCCGGUCGUUCAGCUGGGUGAUCUUCCUGAGCCCGUUUUCGCUUCAACAAUUUAUUUGCUGCUUGACACUGAAGGAGGCCAAUCCUCUCGUCGAUCAGAUUCACUUGAGUUUACUUGUUCUGCUAAGGCAGCAUCUCGAAAGCUUAGCCAGCGAUGGUAUUGAGUCAGCAAUCAACUGUUUGAGGUGCCGUGAUUGGACGUUGCUUGACGCAGUUGCAUGGCCUUCGUACUUGAUUGCUUACCUUGUCAACGGAAACUAUAGAAACGAAGGGAAGGAGAGGCUUUUAGACAUCGGCAUUCUUAGAAGGGAGUACUACGGGCUGGAGGUUGGGAGUAAGAUAGAUAUACUCAGCUUUCUCUGCGACCGUGUACUGGAUACGGAUGAGGUUAGAUCGGAGCUAGCAAAGAGAAGCAACGGGGACAGCGAUUUGGAUCCGUUAGUGAAGGGUAGUGUCGAAGAUAGUUACUUGGAGCAGCCGACAAAGCGAGAGACGAGACGCUCACGGAAAAGUAGCCCGAGUGAUACAUCCGAGCUGGUUGAUCCUCCAACGUCACACAGAACAGAACCGACAGAACAGAAACACACAUCAGACUGGAACAGUGAUGAUUGUGUGCUUUGCGGGAUGGACGGCAACCUCAUCUGCUGUGAUGGUUGUCCUGCUGCUUAUCAUUCUCGGUGCGUGGGAGUUUCCAAGAGUACUCUUCCUGAAGGAGACUGGUACUGUCCAGAGUGUACGCUUCAAAAGAUCGCAACGGAAGUAACCAGGGCUCGGAAAGUCGUGAGGGGAUUCGAGUGUUUUGGUAUAGACACUUACGGGCGAAGAUACAUUGCAGCGUGUGAACAUCUCUUUAUAUCGGAAUCUUCAAGUCUUGACUCCAGUUACGUAUGCUAUGGUCCUGGGGACAUCUCGAGCGUUUUGGAUCUUCUGGAUUCAACUGGAGCUCUUUCUGCUAGCUUAAGAACAAGCAUCAUGCAGUGCUGGAACCUUUCCGAGAACUCGGCCCCGAAGAAUGACGCUUUGUUAAGUCCGAUCCAAGACACAAUUUGCGUCCUCAACGGCUCCGCAGAAGAUGAACUAGUCACAACGGACAAGCCGUUUGGCUCCUCAAAACUGAGCAGAUGCACAGGGAUGCACGAAAGUUUCUAUGAAGCUAGCUCUUACGUCAACCAGUAUUCUCAAGGAGGACUAUCGGCAUUGGCAGCCUCCAACCUGGCCGAGAAAUCAACAAACAGGCGUGCUGCGGUCCAGAAAACUCAGAUUUUCGAGCAGAUAAAGGCUUUUUCUCGGACACCUGUACAGUUCUAUUGGCCCAGUUUGAAGAAGAAGCGUGCGGAAACUGCAAAGGACAGGUGCGGCUGGUGUUUCGCGUGCAAAAACCUCAGCAGGAAGAAGGGAUGCCUCCUCAAUACUGCAGCGGGGAAGCUUUGCGCGGGUGCAGCUAUUGUUACUGGAGGAUUACGGCUUAUCAAGAAAGGCAUAAACCACCUUCCAGCUUUGAUCGCAUAUGUAUUGUACAUGGAAGAUCGCUUGUACGGCUUGCUGGGGGGAUUAUGGGAAAGCACCGACCAACGAAAUCGCUGGCGGAGACGCCUUGACUGCGCGGCGCAUGUUCAUCAAGUGAAGUUGGGGUUACUUGAGCUUGGAUCAAGCCUGAGACCCUUGGCUCUUUCAAGAAACUGGUCGAUAUGUGCCGAGGACGCCCCCAGGCUGGGUACAGUAAACGGCAAUGUUUUCGUAUCCUCGCUGAAGAAAAGUGGUGGAAGGCGUCGAAAGAAAGUACAAGCCGAUGAUCCUAUCAAGAUAUUUCCUGGCGGGGGUACUUGUGGUGUUCAAUGGCGCCGAGGUGGUAAACUUGUGAGGAGGAUUUUGGACUGGGAAACUCUUCCGGUUGCAGCGUUGAAACGGGCUGGUCGGCAAGGUGGCAUGAGAAAAGUUCCUGGACUUAUAUAUAAUGAUUAUUUCGAGCUGCCUCGUAGAACCGUGCAAUGUGCUUGGCUCGCGAGGGUGGAAGCUAGUUUUAGUGUAUCAGAACUUGCGAUACAGGUCCGCUCUCUCGAUGCUUUAAUCAGAUGGUCCGAACUCCCGGUCCCCGACGAAGUUAAAACCUCGUUCGGAGAAUUUAUCAUACGGGAGAAAGCUAUGGAAGAUGAUAUUACCAAGUACCGAGUUGAGACGUCUAAAACGGAAGACGAGUUAACGGAGGCCUUGAAGCCUGACGUUGUGAACUGCGCCUCCAAGUUCGUGAAUGCACUUGCGGGAGAAGAGAGCGCCAGUACCAACAGUGUGUGGCUGCCGGAAACGGAAGUACCUUUGUGCUUGGUGAGGGAGUUCGAGGAAAAAAGGCGCCGCUUCAUGCAGCCGAAAAAACCAGCAGCCGUCCGGAAGGGAGAAAGAGCUAGAGUUUCAAAGAGUACCAAGCUUAAAGCUAUCCUCAACAGGCUUCAUUCCAAGAAGAAGGCACUCAGGUGUGAACACUGCAAUAUGGAUUUGGCUGCCAGUGACACUGUGAGCUGCCAAGAGUGUCAAGGUGACUUUCAUAAACAAUGCUUGAGCGGAAAGACCGGCCUGUGCCAGAGCUGUUUCACCACGAAGCAAAGCACCAAAAGAAGCCGCAGAUUGCUAGACACGGCAGAAGAAUCUCCGCCAGAAGCAGCAGUGAAAGACAGACCGGUCCUGCUCGUUUACUCCCGAAGGAAGAAACUGGCCGUGACGGCCCCGGCAUUUAGAGCCGCUGUGAUCCGGAAGAGACGAUCCAAGAGGCCCGGCAACAGUAGCGGUGUGAGGUGGAAACUGGACAAGAAGCUCACUUUCAGGCGCGACAUGGUGGUGUAUCCCGGCCAAAAGCUCGAUGGGGGAGGCCUUCGCUGUGCGAUUUGCGAGCAACCAUACGACGCAAAGCUCUUGUAUAUCGGCUGUGAACACUGCCAAGAGUGGUUCCAUGGUAGAGCUGUUGGUAUCACCUCGAGCAACAUUGCUCGAGUUGACGCGUUUAAAUGCCACAAGUGCCGCAAGAAGGGAAGUCCAUACUGUCCUUUUACUCGCAAGACGAAGGAAAACGUUACGCCAGUGAGAGGAAGAGAAGACGUUGACAAUGAGCGUGGCCUGCGUGGCCGUGGUGACAAGGCAAGUUUUUCUUAUUCCCAGGAUGACGAUGAGGUACUAACAGAGAUUGGGAAUUGGUCUGGAGGAAAAGCAGUAGCUGAUUGAUCAGAAACUUGCAACAGUUUUGGACAAGGAAGUUUAUAAAAAAUGCUGAUCAUUUUAUCCUAAGAGAAACCAAACACUGUCUAUUCAUCGAUUUAAAUGAGAAGAGAAUUUUUUAGAA